AUGAGCAACAGCAAAAAUAUUCGAAGUAUAUCCGUUAUUACUCAUGCCGAUCAUGAAAAAUCAACAUUCACUGAUUUGUUUGUAUGCAAAUCUGGUAUAAUUGCUUCACAAAAUGGUGAUGAAAUCCGUUGUGCUUAUACAGAAAAAGAUGAACAAGAACGAUCUUAUACAUCUAAAUCAACCUAUGUAUUACUAAACAAAUUUCAACGUAUUGUUGAAAACAUAAUUGGUAUCAUUACUACUUAUGGUGAUGAUAAGGGUCCAAUGGGUGGUUUAAGAAUUGAUCCAACAAGAGUUACAGUUGGUUUCGGUUCUGAUCGUCAUGAGUGGGCUUUUACACUAAAAGAAUUCGCUGAAAUGUAUGCGUCAAAAUUUGAAAUUGUGAUUGAUAAGCUAAUGAAACGAUUGUGGAGCGAUAAUUUCGUUUCACCCAGAGAAAAGAAAUGGUCAAAAACUGGUGAAGAAGGUAAACUAUGUUCAAAAGAAAAAGAAUUAUUGUCGAAGAGAACAUUAGGUUAUAUCCGAGGAUUUUGUCAAUUUGUUCUUGAUCCUAUAUUCAAAAUUUUUAAAGCUACUAUGAGCUAUAGAAUAGAUGAAUAUACACAACUACUUGAAAAAUUCAAUAUAAAAUUACAAGAUAAAGAUUUUAAUGAGUUAGAACAAGAUGAUAGCACUAUUAAAACUUGUAAUGAAACAAUGGUUACCACCUGA